AUGGCAGGAAGAGGUCGAGGUCGUGGUGCUGGUCUAUCGCUCACUCAUGACCAACUUCAAGCUUUAGGAAUCGCUCGUGGUGAAACUGCUCCAGCAGCGCUUGCACCUCCACCUUUAUUCCCAAAAUUGGAGACGAAACCUCUGCCCUUGGUCAGCGAUGCUGCUACAGAUUAUAUGCUGAUUGUAAAGGAUCAGUUUAUUGAGUAUUUGCACGAUUCACCAGCGUAUGUCAAGCCCAAAGUUCUGACCGAUGAUGUGGAAAGAUACUCUGACAAAUAUAAACUUUUGGCUCUUGAUGCGAAACAAGGUAAGGUUUUGAAUUAUGUUUGGGCUAAUAUGCCUGCAGAACUCCGACCGCAGGCUGGGCGAAUACGAACGACGCGAAAAAGAAAACUUGACGAUCCUUAUGAGAUCGCAAAGAGAUUACAAACUCUUGAAAAGAAAGAGUCACAAGAAGAAUCCGAAGAAACCUUGCAAAAUAAUGAGAGUGAAAACGCUAACGCAAAGCCAAAAGGAGAGGUGCAUGAUGAUGAAGAUAUAGAAGAUGAAGAGGAGCAAGAUGAAGAGAUUGAUGAUGGGACAGAUUAUGCUAAUAACUUCUUCGACAACGGUGAAGAAUAUGAUGAGGAAGAUGACAAUUUGGAUGAUGGGCCUGUUUAUUAA